UAUAAAAAAUCCCCAAUACUUUAUUGGCCCAAAUUUUUGAUCUACUCCUCUUCCCGAGUCGAACUGUCGAGAUUUCAGAGACCUUGUAAGCUUCCGCCAUGGAGUUCGAAUCAAUAUACGAAAUUUCCCGUACGGUCGACUUCAUACGCAGUGGAAACUUCACUAAGGUGGCUUUGCAGUUUCCAGACGAGCUCUUGAAGGACUCAGUAAGAGUUGUGAAGUCUCUAAAGGACAAGCUUCGGUGGCUAAGUGAAUCGGAAACCGAACGAAAUAACGACUUUAAAGAUGUUUCUAUGUUUGUCAUGGCGGACACGGCGUACGGUAGCUGCUGUGUUGACGAGGUCGGAGCUUCCCACAUCGGAGCUGAUUGCGUCGUGCAUUAUGGCCAUGCGUGUCUCAGCCCGACCACUAAGCUUCCAGCCUUUUUCGUCUUUGGCAAAGCUCCCAUGAGUGUGUCAGAUUGCGUUAAGAAUCUCACAGAUCAAGCUACAACCAAUAACAAGCGUGUUUUGGUCCUAUUUGGGCUGGAAUAUGCACAUUUGAUACGGAACAUCAAAGAAGAAGUGAUGGAAGCUUGUGAUUCUAGAUCCCAGUUAGAAAUCCAAUUUGCAGACAUUUUGUGUUCAGAAAUCUCACCAUCUGAUAAUCUAAACCUAUGCAAUCAUGGAGUGCUACCAGCUGAGGAAUUGACAGAUAAUAAAAGUUUUGGGGUGGUCGCUAGUAACAGAUACGUGAUCGGAGGUUUGCACUGGGGAUUACGUGCAGAGCGAAAAAUGGAGGACUACUUGCUGUUUUGGAUUGGCUCUGACAAUUCAGCAUUUGCAAAUGUUGUGCUUACAUAUAAUGGCUGUGAAAUAAUCAGAUAUGAUGCAACCGAUAAUUGCAUGGUGACAGACUUAUCUCAACAGAAAAGAAUUCUUAAGCGCAGAUACUACCUUGUGGAGAAAGCAAAGGAUGCUAACAUUGUUGGUAUUCUGGUAGGCACACUUGGUGUUGCUGGUUACUUGCACAUGAUUAACCAAAUGAAAGAUUUGAUUGCGGCAGCAGGGAAAAAAGCUUAUACGCUUGUUAUGGGAAAACCGAACCCUGCGAAACUUGCCAACUUUCCAGAGUGCGAUGUCUUUAUUUAUGUGUCUUGUGCCCAAACAGCUCUUUUGGAUAGCAAAGAGUAUUUAGCUCCAGUUAUUACUCCAUUUGAAGCCAUGUUAGCUUUCAACAGGGGACAAUGGACAGGAGAAUAUGUAAUGCAAUUCCAGGAUUUGAUCAAUUCAUCACAUACAGAGUCACAGAACCACUCAAAAGAGGCACGCUUUUCCUUUCUGCGAGGUGGUUAUGUAGAAGAUUUUGAUUCACAAGAGAAUAAUGAUGAAGACAAAGGAGGUCUUGCUUUAGCACAUUUGACAGCGCAGGCUCUACAAUUGCGUGAUAAUCCAAAUUCUCUAGCCAAGCGAACAGCAAAAUCUGGUGCAGAGUUUCUGGCAGGUCGAUCAUAUCAAGGUUUAGAGAUACACAACGAAAAUGCAUUGCCGGAACCUUAUAUUGUUGGGAGGAGUGGGAGAGCGGCAAGGUACCAAGGUGAGAACUCUUAGAAAGAGCGUUUUUACUUUGAUUAAUGUAUUAAAAAGUAGGGAAAGAGAAGAAAGUGGUAAAGUGAAUAUGGAAAGGUGCUUAUAAUUAGUCUACAUGAAGCGUAAAGAAGCUAUUCAUGAAAAUUUUGACAAUGCGUGCUGUGAAGCCUGUGAUAGGAUUUGAAGGAUUUUUUUAUUUUUAUUACACUUGUAAGUCAUCAGUGCAACAUUUUACUUAUUCAAAUAUAUUCAUCUAGAUAGCUUCGAUCUUUGUUCAGUGUAAAUUAUAAUGAUAAAUUCAAAGUGGAAUUUAUAUUUUUUAAUUUUUGUUAAA